AUGGUUUCAAACAAAUUCAACGGUUGUUACCGACUGGAGGGCAAAGUCGCGGUGGUUACGGCUGCUAGUACUGGGUAUGUCAUUUUUAAUUUUUAUAUUUUUUUAUUUAAAAAAAAUAUUUUUGUUAAAAAAUGGCGUUUUAGGCCGUAUUUUAGGUUUUUUAUGAAUCCUGUCAUCUUGAUGACAUAUUUUUUGGAAUUUUUAUAAAAUAUGUCAUCUUUUUGUCAUUCUUGGUAACUCUAUAAAUUUUGUCAUCUUGAUGACACAUUUCUUAAAAUUCUAUAAAAUGUGUCAUCUUUCUACUAUUUUAAUAAAAAUUUUAUAAAAUGUGUCAUCUUCAUAACAUCUUAACAAAAAUUCUAUAAAAUAUAUAAUCUUCAUGACAUAUUUUUUAGAAUUCUAUAAAAUGUGUCAUUUUGAUGACAUAUUCAUAAAAAUACUACAAAAUCUGUCACCAAGUAAUAUAAAAUAUGUCAUCUUCAUGCUCUUUUUUAAUUAUAUAAAAAGUGUCAUCAAGAUUUAUAGAAUAUGUCAUAGUAUUAUUUUUCAAAAAAUCUAUAAAUUAUGUCAUAAAGUUUUAUAAAAUGUGUUAUCUUUAUGCUUUUUAAAAUUUUUUUUUUGAAGAUUCUAAAAAAUGUGUCAUCUUAAUAACAUUUUUUUGAAAUUUUAUAAAAUGCGUCAUCAAGUUUUAUAAAAUAUGUCAUCUUCCUGCUUUUUAAAAAAAUUCUAUAAAAUGUGUCAUCAUAACAAAAAUUUUUAAUUUUUCCAUAAAUUUCGUCAUUUCCAGAAUUGGCUACGCCAUAGCCGAGCGUUUUCUUCAUGAAGGAGCCAAAGUAGUGAUAAGUUCCCGAAAGCAAUCACAUGUUGAUGACGCCAUUAAAAAGCUAGUCCAAGAUGGAGCACCGAAAGACAAUGUAGCCGGCAUCGUAUGUCAUGUUGGUAUUGCCGAGCAUCGCCAGAAGCUGUUAGAGGUUGCCAUGGCUAAAUUUGGCAAAAUUCAUAUUUUAGUCAACAAUGCUGGCAUUAACCCGACGUUUGGUGACAUUGCUGACAUUGGAGAGAAGGAGUGGGACAAGUUGUUUGAGAUCAAUGUGAAGGCAGCUCACUUGUUGACACAAGCUGCUGCUCCUAUUAUUGCUAAGAAUGGGUAUGGUGAUUUAUAUUUUUGAGAGAUAAAGAAGGAAGAAAGAAUGCUUAAAGCUCUUUUUUUAAAGCGGUCUAAGCCUUAAUCCAAACCCUAGUUUCAGUCCAAGUUGGCUCCUGUCUAAAAUCCUUUAGUGUAAGACCUAGUGUAGCUAUGGCCUAAGAUAAAGUCUUAUCUUUCGUACUAGGUAUAGCCAUAGCUUAAGAUCUAGCCGUAGUUUAAGCUCUAGCUUAAGCCCUUUCUGACUGUAGCAUUAGCUCUGGCUAUUGUUUGAAACCUUAGCCUAAGUUCUAGCUUAAGCCCCUGCCUAAGCUUUAGUCUAAGCCCUAGCCUUUGCUCUAGUCUAAGCCCUAGCCUACGCUCUGGUCUAAACCCUAGUUUACGUCCUAACCUUAGCUGAAGCCCAAGCUGUAAUUUCAUUCCUAGCCCUUUUCUGUAAGGCCCUAGCCUAAGCCCUAAGUACACAUAAACAUACCUUAUGACUUUACUUUCAGUGGAGGCAGUAUAAUCUUCAACGCAUCGUACGCUGCCUACAAGACUUCAAAUGGAAUCGCUGCUUAUGGAGUGACGAAGACAGCUCUAAUUGCUUUAACUAAAGCUUAUUCAGUUUCAUUGGCUCCGAAUAACAUCAGAGUGAACUGUGUUGCCCCAGGCAUUAUCAAGACGAAAUUGAGUCAAGCGGUAAGCUUUUCUUUACAACAGAUUGUUCAAAUAAUUAUGUGCUCUUUAACCGCAAAAAUUCGUUUUGAGGGAGCACAGAAUUAUUUGAACAACCUAAUACCUGGUUUUUUUAGUAUGGUAGGGUAAAGUUAGGUUACUGUAGAGUAGGGUUAAAGAAGAUUACGGUAGAAUAGUAAAGGAGAUCAACAUAGAGAAGAGUAGGGUAGGGUAAGGUAGGAUAGGGUAGGGUAGUGUAGGGUAGGAUAGAGUAGGGUAAGGUAGGGUAAAGCUUUUUAAAAACAAAAUUUUCAGUUAUGGGACCCAAAGAGCCCAGUAGCAGACCAAGCCAAAGAUGAGAUUACAAACUACAUGGGUCGAAUUGGUGUACCGCAUGAAAUCGCCAGUACCGUUGCCUUCUUGGUCUCUUCUGAUGCUUCGUACAUGACCGGCGAGACGGUACUGGUUACUGGAGGAGUUGAUGCUCGAUUGUAA